AUGGAAAUGGUCAGAUAUAUAAGACGCAGGAACGGCCAGAAAUUGAAGCUGUACAUUACCAAAGGGGCACCCUUUAUACUUGCCUCUGGCGGUGUAAUGAGGAAGUGGGAUGAGCGCCGCAUGAGAACAAACAGUACUGUCACCCGGCCCUCAGAACCCUCCAAACCGUCUCAGUCCUUCUGGUCUCAAUUUGGGCCCACAAGAACCAACUCCGGCGUCACCAUCCAAAACAACUGUGAAAGACACUUCAACCGCAAAGGAACCGCCAACCGUCACGGCUCCAAGUUCUGUCUCGGGCUCUACCUGUACCACCCACCCAGCCUCCUCCACCGUUCCAACUCCUGUUUCAGACCCAGUUUACACCACUCGCAAACCAGCAUCUGUCACCGUUCGAAGUCCUGCCUCGGACCCUGUUUACACCACCCACAGCUCCUGCAUUCACGCUGCGACUGCUCAACCCCCAAUUGA